UUGCUGAUCGCGAGAAGCUCGAUCUUCUCUUUAAUUCCCCUGUCCGCGAAUCAGUCACCCAAUCGUGCCACGGUAAUACCACACGGAAUCGUACCCUCCCACCAUACGUGAUGUCACAGAUUGUGUUUCAAUAAAUGUUAACAAAGCGCUCCAGCAGGAACCAGAUCAACAGCUCUGUGAGGAGUAACACCUCUGCUGAGAGAUGCAAAGCCCUCCGAAGCCUCAGUUCGCGAGCUGGCUCAUAGAGCAGGUGGAGACGGGCCAGUACACGGGCCUGUGCUAUGUGGGCCAGAACAAGUUCAGAGUCCCCUGGAAGCACAACUCCAGAAAGGACUGCAAAGAUGAGGACAGUAAAAUAUUCCGGGCAUGGGCAGUAACAAGUGGUAAAAUCAACGAGUUCCCCAAUGACAAGGCCAGGUGGAAAACCAACUUCCGCUGUGCUCUGAACAACCUCUCUGUGCGCUUCAGGAUGAUACAGGAUAAUUCAAAGAAUUCUGAUGACCCUCAUAAAAUCUACGAGAUUAUCAAUACUGAGUACAACUAUGAAGGUAUGCCAACACAAGUCUCACAGGAGGAUUCUGUCAUGACUCCAGAUAUCUACAGCUCUCCCACAGAGUACUUCCCCCCAGGAAAUGAGCACAAUCAACUGGUUAACAAUUUCACAGCCUUGGGUCUUGGCAACCAUCCAACAGAGGAGCAACUGUUGGUAGAGAACUACUGUCAGCCCAAUGCAGCUGUCCUUGGAGGCUAUUCUGUUGCAGCCGAGAACCACCCACAGGUUUUACCAGAUCAGCCGUCUUACUACGAGGAACAGCCACCGCCUGUCCUCAAUCCACCACUGCAGCCAACUAUUUAUGACCUGGAGAUCUCCAUCCACUACAGGAAAAGAGAAAUGCUAAAAGCCACGUUUUCCACUCAGCGUCUCCAACUCCACUACGAGCACGUAUCCCCUGAUCUCAAUGCCCAUCAUCUCUGCUUCCCCUCCACUGAAGGCCUGCUAGACCACAAACAGAUCGAAUACACCAACCGCAUCCUUAACAGCAUCCAGAAAGGUCUACUGCUGGAGGUUCGGGAGACUGGUAUUUAUGCCUGGAGGCAGGACAGGUGCCAUGUGUUUGCCAGCACCAGUGACCCCAAUGUGGCUGACCCAGAUCCGAGAAAGCUGCCUCAGAACACCAUGGUGGAGCUCCUUAAUUUUGAGAAGUAUGUAAAUGACCUGAGAAAGUUUAAAGAGAACAAUGGUGGCUCUCCUGACUACACCAUCAACAUGUGCUUUGGAGAGAAGUUCCCUGAUGGAAAACCUUUGGAGAAGAAACUGAUCACAGUCCAGGUGGUCCCUCUGAUCUGUCGACACUUUCAUGAGGUUGCCCAGAUGGAAGGGGCUUCGUCUCUUCACAGCGCCAAUGUCAGCCUACAGAUCUCACACAACAGCCUCUAUGAUCUCAUUUACUCUGUCUUUGGUAUACCAACAGCUGAAGAGGCAGCACGGGCUGCUUUGCCUUUCCUACCUCAGAGCUGAAAUUUCAUCGCUCACUUGCCUCUAAUGGGGACCACUUUAGUUACAUACAGGACCACACCAGGCGCCAUAUCCUGCUCCUAACCAAAGCUUUGCUAAAAAAAAAAAAAAAAGUAGCCAAUCCACUCACCUGUUGAAUGUGCUACAGCUGAGGCAGGAACAAACAUAAUUGCACUUGGUGCUGCAGAAUGCGCCGUUAUUGAUCAACUAACACCACACUCCUGCUUUGCAUUAUCCUGCUUAUACUAGUCACAAACUGUUGGCAAAAACUGACAUUGUUUAUCACUACAAAGUAGAAAUAAACUCCAUCAUUACUGAGACCGUUACUCCACUCAAAGACCAAAGGUCUUGCUUUAGAAUGAACUUUUUACAUGAUUACUGUAAAUAUCAAAAUAACAUUAGGAAAUGUUUGUUUCGUUAGAUUUAUGUAGUAAACAAAUGAUGACUUAUAUGAUGGUAAAUCCAUUCAUACAUGUACAGUUUGUGAUUAUUGAUAACAUAUUUAUGAGUGUAUAAGGUUUUUUGUGUCAUACAGCCACCAUGCACUAUGUUUUCGUAUCUGAAAUAAACUGUUUUGCACUUUUUAUACUUUGCUCGUUAUCUCGCACUUUUCCUACUGAACAAAGCUAAUUGUAAUUAUUUGUAUUUCAAAUAAAUAGGUUUAACUCUAAA